AUGACCAUCCUCCACCGCAAGGCCGACCUGGCCUACCUGAUCUUCUUCGUCAUCCAUGUCCCCAUCAUCUUCUUGGUCGACACCGUGCCGCUGCAGCCCGCGUUCAUGCGGACGGGCAUCUCGCUGCAGCUGCGCGAGUUCUACAUCUCCAGCUACCGGGACAAGCUCUUCGAGGAACCGACGCCCUCAUGGUUCACCGUCUUCAUCUGGAUGGAGCUGCUCUAUCAUGUUCCCCUGAGUCUGUGGUCCAUCCGCGGACUCCUGCACAACCAUCCUAUGGUGCCCGUGCAUCUGCUGGUCUUUGGUGUCCAGGCCUUCGUCACCUCCCUGACCUGUUUGGCCGACGUGUGGACCUGGCCGGACCGGUCCGUGGCGGAAAAGCAGCAGAUCACCACGCUAUACGGCCCCUACGUGGCGCUGGGUGCGAUCAUGGCCCUGGAUAUGGGCAUCCGGUUACGGAGGCAGCUCAUGCCCAAGGUCAAAGACGAAUAA